AUGCGACUGGGGCUGAUCGUCGUCUUCUCGGCGUGCUUCUCCCUGGCGCCGGCACUGAUGACGAACGCGCGGACCAUCGAGGUGUUUGCCGCGACUGCAGCAUUUGCGGCCGUCAACGUCGUCUUCCUGACCAGCAACCCGACUUGUACGCUCGAGGGAGCGACUUCGUAA